GGGCAGCGGAGGGUAUCGUGGUUCUUGGGUGCCCCCAAUCUCCAGCUGUGUCCAGACCUUCAGGACUUGGGGGCCCAGCCCACGGAGGGAAGACAGUGGUUCGCUGGGAGAAGGGGGUAACCUUGCCUACCGGAGCUUGUAAGACCGGGGCAGAUGUAUAAAUGCCAAGCUUGCCCUUCUCAGAAUGGGAUGGAAAGGUGUCCGAGAUUAAGAAGAAGAUCCAGUCUGUCAUUCCCGGAGGGGCCUGGAAUCCACUGUAUGACACCAGCCACCUGCCCCCUGAACACUCAGAUGUGGUGAUUGUGGGGGGUGGGGUGCUUGGCCUGUCUGUGGCCUAUUGGCUGAAGAGGUUGGAGAAGCAGCGAGGUGCCAUUAAGGUGCUGGUGGUGGAACGGGACCACACGUAUUCCCAGGCCUCCACCGUGCUGUCUGUGGGCGGGAUUCGUCAGCAGUUCUCAUUGCCGGAGAACAUCCAGCUUUCCCUCUUCUCGGUCGAAUUUCUGCGCAACAUCAAUGAGUACCUGGCUGUGGUCGAUGAUCCUCCCCUGGACCUCCAGUUCAACCCCUCCGGCUACCUCUUUCUGGCUUCAGAGAAGGGUGCGGCGACCAUGGAAAACAACGUGAAAGUGCAGAGGCAGGAAGGAGCCAAAGUUUGUCUGAUGUCUCCAGAGCAGCUUCGGAACAAGUUUCCCUGGAUAAACACAGAGGGAGUGGCUUUGGCAUCUUAUGGGCUGGAGAACGAAGGUUGGUUUGACCCCUGGUCACUGCUCCAGGGGCUUCGGCGAAAGGUCCAGUCCAUGGGGGUCCUUUUCUGCCAAGGAGAGGUGACACGUUUUGUCUCUUCAUCUGACCGCAUGGAGACCCCAAGUGGGGAGGAGGUGAUUUUGAAAAAGAUCCACGAAGUCCACUGUGGGGAAACUGAGGCUCAGGAAGAAAGGUACCACUCCCGGUGCCCGGUGCGUGGGCCAGGCCAUCCCUCUGCUCUCCCUCUGGUGCCCACAGGUCAAGGUGGACCACAGCCAGGAGUACCAGCCUGUGGAAUGUGCCAUAGUGGUCAACACAGCGGGGGCCUGGUCCGGGCAAAUCGCAGAGCUGGCUGGUAUUGGGAAGGGGCCACCUGGCACCCUGCAGGGCACCAAGCUGCCCGUGGAGCCGAGGAAAAGGUAUGUGUACCUGUGGCACUGCCCCCAGGGGCCAGGCCUGGAGGCUCCGCUCCUUGCAGACCCCAGUGGAGCCUAUUUCCGCCGAGAUGGAUUAGGCAACAACUACCUGGGCGGCUGCAGUCCCACUGCGGCAGCGUAAGCCUUGUGCCCACCUCUCCCCCCAGGAAGAGGAACCGGACCCAGGGAACCUGGAAGUGGACCACGACUUCUUCCAGGAUAAGGUGUGGCCCCUUUUGGCCCAGAGGGUACCAGCUUUCGAGACUCUCAAGGUCAAGAGCGCUUGGGCUGGCUACUAUGACUACAACACCUUUGACCAGAACGGCGUGGUGGGCCCCCACCCCCUGGUCGUCAACAUGUACUUUGCAACGGGCUUCAGUGGCCACGGGCUCCAGCAGGCCCCUGCCGUGGGGCGGGCAGUGGCAGAGAUGGUGCUGGAGGGCCACUUCCAGACCAUCGACCUGAGCCCCUUCCUCUUCAGCCGCUUCUACUUGGGAGAGAAGGCCCAGGAGCACUGUAUCAUCUGAGCCUGUCAGCUCUCCACGGGCCCCACUGCCCAUCUGUCACCCUGGGCUCUAAUUCUGGCCCGUGUUCACACCCACCUCACCGCUUGAUUCCUCCUCAGCCCCAUGCUGGGGUCACCUCCACCUUCUCAUCCAGGUCAUCUAUAUGGCUGGGCAGGCAGGCAGACCACUGCACCCGAGGCCCAGGCUGACAGAGAAUGAUGGGGCGGGACCCCAGGACUGGUCAUGGCUUAGGCUGAUGCCAGCCAGCCAUAGCCCAGCUGGACAGAACACCUCAGGGGACCUGAGCACCGUGGCCCAGGACUGGCUCCUUCCUGGUUCCUACCCAGAAAGAGUGCCUCUGCCCAUCUCUGCACACCCCAGCAGAGCGCAGGCAGGGAGCAUUCGGGGGCAUCCUGGCCCAGAUCUAUGGACUUGUCUGUUUACCCUAUUUAUCAAUCAGUAAAUGUGAUUAACUCCUUC